AACCAAUCACAUACCAAGUCUUAUUGGUAGCCUUUUGGAGAACAAUACAUAUAUUCAAGCUAUGCAUGGUCCAUACAGUCUGAGAUUUAAGUAAGUGGCUAGCUGAUUCUGUCUUUUGUAGACAGUUUGGUACUCAUUUCUAAGAACCAAAAUAAUAUUUUUGAAAUUUGUUAUAAUAAUAUUCCAUCCGAAGGACUAUAUUGUGAAUUUCUUGUAGUUCGAACAAAAUUAUUUCCGGGCAAACAUGGCUUCUUUCUUAAUUGCCGACAUGGUAACAAAAGAUUCUGUAAUGGCCUUACAAAAUAAUAUUUGCAAAACAUUUUUGAUAGAUGAAUAUAGAUCAUUCUACAAUAACAUCGUUGAAUCUUGGUCUUGAACAACAUAAUCCAAUAUAAAUAGCGGCAAGUAGAUAAUCCAACCAGAUCGAAUGAAUAUUCUUGCGAUUUUUGGUUCUUCUACAUGGAAAUUCUUGCAAGUUGCAUCUUUGUUGUUAUAAUAACGUUGAACGAAUAUUACACUUGUGAUUUGUAGCGGGCGAUAUAUCCUAUAAAGUUUUUUUUUUUGAAAUAUUUUUUUAAUUAUACAUUUUGAAACUUUUGAUAGGGUGACGGAUAAUUAAAGAUCCCUUACGUCUUAACACAAGAUCGUAUCUUGCUUUUCAUAUAUAAUAACAUUAUGUGUUAACCACAUUAAAGUUAAAAAAUAAGUUAAGCACGAGUUUCAUUGAUCAAACGCAGCCACGGGAUACAUGAGCAAUGGAUUGAUAUGAAACGUCUCCACAUAAAAUUCCUAGUCAGAUCCAACCUCUAAAAUUUAAAAAAACAAUCAUUCUUUUUUAUGUUUAAUUAUCGGUUUUCAAAAUCUUCUAAGGAAAUAUAAGAUAAAGUCAAGUAAAAUAUGGUCAAUCAUGUUCCUAAGAAUGUAUAAAAUCAGGGUUUGUAUUUAUAUAUAGAGAGCCCAAGGUUUUUGACAUGAAGCAGAGAAAAGAUAAAAAGGGGAAUCGAUGGACAAGUGUUGGAGAAGAAGCUGAAACUGACAAAGUGAUGCAGUUUUGUCAUUGUUUAGGAGAAAAAAACGAGUUAAAAGAAACGGUUGUGUUAAAUGCAGACGACAGUUACUCUGGACUUUUUGAAGAGACUGAUUCUUAAUGUGCAGCAAGACAAAAAAACCCUGAAACCAGAAAGACCAAUCAAACGCCAAUGUUGACUGACAAAACCCAUGUCUUCAUUUGGAAAGAGGAGAUUCAAGUCUUUGCCUCUUUUUUCACAUUCAUGCUAACGAGACCUACUUCUAAACCGAGUAGACCACUUAUAUAUAAAGAGAAGAGAAAAGUUACUGUUGAUGGGCAAAAAUAAGGAGUGUGUGUAGAAGUGUAAUCAAUGGACUCAAACAAGGAUUCGCAGAAGAAGCAAAUGAAGAAGAAGCUGACACCAAUUAGGUCAUUCAGGGAGAAGAGAUCGAGAUUAUACAUCAUUAGGCGAUGCCUGGUCAUGCUGCUGUGUUGGAGAGAGCCUCGUGAUUGAUUUUUCCGAAUCAGUACGCUACUAGAGAAGAGGAGAACUACUUAGAGUAAAAGGGUAGGUGAGUGUAGAAUUCAAUUAAAAGUCCUAUAUAUGAAGAAAGAAGGUGAGUGCAGCCGAAACAACACAACAUGUCAAUGCGGAUGAUACACGAGAAGAAUGAAGUAGACAAGACAAGAUAGCAUGUGAAAUGCACUUACACUGACGAUGGUGUUUCAUGCAUAUUCAUGGCCGUAGAAGCUGAUUUGUUUUAUUGUGAACAGUUGGCAUUUUAUGAAGGAAUAAUAGACUGUCUUUUCUUCAAAACCUGUAAACUAUGUUUAAAUAUGUAUGCACAAAAAUGAAUGUGAGUGUGAACAUAAGAUGGUAUUUAUCUUGAAA